AUGAAUUUUGGUAAAUCUGGUGUAACUAGUUCUUUAUCGAAUGAUUACUAUUUCAACAAUCUUAAGCAUCUUAUAAUUUAUCACCUAGAUAAAGAUCUUCUCCAAUCGUUUGUAACAUAUGUAAAUUAUUUACAAAUUCAAUAUCUUGAUAUUUCACUACUUGGCAUUAAAUCUGAUACAAUUACUUUACUCUUAUCAUGUAUUAAAAAUCUAACUUCACUUCGGAUUAAAUAUAGUCUUUUACUUAAUCAUCAAAAAGUUUAUUUAGGAAAAGAGCAUUUAGCAAUUAAUACGAUAAAAUUAUUGAAUAUUCCAUCGAUAAAAACUUAUCUAUCACGUAUUCGUUGUCUUGCAUUUAAAAUCAUUGAUUUUCCAUUUUCAUUUUAUGAUGAUUAUGAACAAAUAUUAUGGGAUGAUCCAUUACGGAGAAAAGUUAAAUUCUUAUUUGAACGUAAAGCAGAUUCGAUAACAAUUUGA